AUGGCGCCAUCUGCCUUUGAAGAACUUUGUCGCCAGCGGGAUGUGUCACCUGAAGCGUGGCGUUCCAAGCUUGCCACUCCAAUUAUUGCCGAGAAAAAACUGCAAGACAUGUCCGAUGCCGAGAUUGAGGAGCACAACAAAGCAGUGCAAGAGAAAGCGCAAGAAAUAAGAAAGGAUCGUGCUCUGCUUGCACUGGAAAAAGCACAGGACGGACGACUUGAACGCAAAGCCACCAAGGUUUGGGGCCAAAAUGCCAAGGAGAGGACGACAAUUCCAGCUGCUCAGGUCCCAGAAAUUCUGGAGUCCUUGGGCUUCGAAGUUUCCAGCAAUGAGGUUCAUUUCUUAUUGGGUAUCUUGGGAGCCACCCAGGGCGCGGACAUUGACCCAGAGCAUGAAGUCACCCAAAACGACUGGUUCUGGCUUGUCGGUGAAUGUCAGAUUCUCAAGGAGUCCUACAAAUUCUUCUUCCGCAGAGAGGAGUGGGAAGUGCAGUAUGCAGAUUCAGUGCGAAAGCUGACCCUCAAGGACCUUUGGACACUUAAAGGGCAGCCAAGCCAAGGUGUCCAGAAAGUCGGGUGGUGGUGGACGACUGGAGAGAAGGCGGGUCAGGCGAGUUUCCUGCAGAAAUUCGCCUGGGGUGCUCAGCCCGAAGUGGAGGAGGAGCUGCUCGGGAAAAUGGAACUCCUCAUUGGCCCUCGGCUCAAGGAUGCAGCUGCAGAUGCCGUGCAGCAGUCCACAGAGUAG